AUUGGCCAAAAACAGAAAGUCAUAAGUUCAAGGACUCUAUUAAAUCAUCAAGUUUGCAUCCUAGACUUGUUUUAGUAGAUAAUCUGCAUUUUAUAAUGACGAUCAUGAGCAUGUGUGGCAGUGAACGGGGUGAUCUCGAAUUAACCGACAAAGAAAAUUGCGGAAAAAAUGAAAACGGCAAAAGCAGCUACAAUUGCGGUCAAAAUCUGCUUAAUUACGUUGUGGAAUUUUGCAAUAAUGGAACCAUACACGGAAUACGUUACUUCGGCGAGUACCGGACCUGGAUUGAAAAACUGUGGUGGGGUGUUAGUAUCUCGUUGUCCCUUUACUUUUGCGUAAGUUUAAUCAUACAAACGUACAUAAAAUGGGAAACUUCCCCCGUGAUUGUGAGUUUCGCAACAAAGGAAACGGCCGUUUGGCAAAUCCCGUUUCCGGCGGUUACGAUUUGUCCAGAAUCAAAAACCCGAGCUUCCGUUUUUAAUUACACGUACUACUUUCGGAAAAAACGAAAUAAUGAACCCUUGACUGAGGAAGAGGAGCGCAGGUUUGGAUACUUGUCAUUUAUUUGCGACACGAAACCCAAUAUUGAGUAUAAAGCCCCGAAAUUUGCCGGCGAAGAAAUGCUUGAGUUCCUGGACGAAGCGCAACCGAAGUUUUUAGAAAAUUCGUUUGACUGCAGAUUUAUGGGAAUAGAGUACAACUGCUCGGAACUGUUUGUCCCAAUUUUCACAGACGACGGAAUUUGUUACACUUUCAAUAUUGUGGAUCGGACGCAGCUUUUGCACGACAUAGUUAUCCACUAUAAAAAUUUCCACAAGACAAAAGUGGCCCACGACUGGACCUUGGAAGACGGUUACGUUUCCUCAGCUGGAAUCGAUGCCUACCCUCGUAGGGCCCUUAGAGCUGGAGUGCCUUUCUCCCUUGAAAUUAAAAUGUCAGUAGAUGUGGACGACUUGGACUACACUUGCGGCAAGACUUCAGUGAAAGGGUUUAAAGUGCAAAUUUCCCAUCCCCAAAGAAUGCCACGUGUCAGACACCAGCACUUUGUCGUGCCCCUGGAGCACCUCGCCAAGGCGCGGAUAGCCCCCGACAUGAUGACAACCUCCGCUGAAGUCAAGCAGUACAAACCCAAGAAGCGCAACUGCCAUUUUCCCUCAGAAAGAGGGCUCAAGUAUUUCAAAAAGUACAGUAAGAGCAAUUGUGCACUUGAGUGUUUUGCGAACUUUACUAUGAUUCGCUGCGGAUGUGUUCCAUAUUAUGCACCAAGAGAGAAGGGCAUGCCGUUGUGUGGAGGUGGAAGUCUUCGCUGUCUGGAGGAAGCUCAAAAAUAUCAAUUACGGGGUAACCUCGAGAAGAAAUUUGAUGCUUUGAAUAACAGAAAGACGCACAGUGAUAUACCAAACUGCCGUUGUUACCCCAUUUGCACUUCGAUGUAUUACGAUAUUGAAAAUACUCAAACCAGCUGGGAUUGGAGAACUACUUACAAAUAUAACGACGACGAACGAGUCAACAUCAGUGAUUCAAAGAAAAAAAUGUCCAUGCUUCAAGUUUUUUUCAAACGAAAUCAGUUUAUUUAUUCGGAAAGAAAUGAACUCUAUGGGACUACCGACUUGUUGGCUAACGUUGGGGGUUUGCUUGGACUGUUUGUUGGAUUUUCGGCAUUAUCGCUCGUUGAAAUAAUUUAUUAUUUGACUUUGAGGAUCAUUUGUAACGUUGCAAUGUUUGGGCGAAAAAACUGGUCAGGGACGAUGCAUUAAAAAAAUUUGUUAAUUUUUAACAUAUAAUUACGGUUUAGUUGAACUUCCCAACACUAUAAACAAUAAUAACACAUAACGCAACCGUUUAUAUUUUAUAUAAACCUUAAUAAAGUUUCUCACUUUCUUCAAAUAA